GUUCUCUGGGACUCGGUGGCAGUGGGAACUCUCCUAACAGUCCAUUUUCUUCUCCCGAGAGCCCCAGGCUCGCGGCAAAGAGAUCUUCCUUCCCACUCCUCUGCAAAAAGCUCUAGAGAAAAACGAGCACCAUGUACACCUUCCUACCUGAGAACUUCAUGCCGGUGAAGCAGAAGCCCUCCAAGGAGCUGAGGCCUAUGCUGGGGGCUGUCUUGCUGGGUUUCACCCUGUUCAUUGCCGCCGUGGUGGCCUGGUGCUACUACACCGUGUCCCUGCGGAAGGCGGAGUGGCUCAAGACGGAGCUGAUGGACCUGCGGGCAGACGGCUUCGUCAUCAGGAACCAGCACGGGGAGGUGGUCUUCCGGCUGGCCUUCUGUUCGGGCAGCCUUGACCUGGAAUCGUGCUCCAAGGAGGGCGAGAUUUUGAGCUGCACGCGGUCGAGCGGGGGGCCGCUCAACUUCUUCAUCCAGACGGUGAAGCCCAAGGACACGGUGAUGUGCUACCGCGUGCGCUGGGAGGAGCUGGCGGCCGGCCCGGCGGUGGAGCACACCAUGUUCUGGGAGGAUGCCCAAUGGUACGGGGGCUCGGAGAUGAGCACCCAGCACUGGCCCAUCCGCCUGGCCGGCUACCAGGAGCCUGUGCCCUAUGUGACGAGCGACGUCUCCUCCUUCCGCAACAGCUUCGGCGGCAUCCUCGAGCGCUACUGGCUCUCCUCCAAGGCGGCGGCCAUCAAGAUCAACGACUCCGUGCCCUUCCACCUGGGCUUCAACGCCACCGAGCGCACCCUCUUCUUCCAGGCCCGCUACAAGGACUCGCCCUACAAGCCCCCGCCGGGGCAGCAGCCCUUCCCCGAGCUCAGCUACCGGGUCUGCGUGGGCUCCGACAUCACCUCCAUCCACAAGUACAUGGUGCGCAGGUACUUCAACAAGCCCUCCAAGAUCCCUGCUGAGAACGCCUUCCGAUACCCCAUCUGGUCCACCUGGGCCCUAUACAAGAACAAUAUUGACCAGGAUAAACUCUUGCGAUUUGCCGAAAAGAUCAAGAAGUACCGUUUCAACUGCAGCCACAUUGAAAUUGAUGACAAGUACACGCAAGCCUAUGGGGACUUUGACUUUGACCCUGUCAAGUUCCCCAAUGUGACGGAGAUGUUUGCAAAACUGAGGGAGGAUGGGUUUAAGGUCACCUUGUGGACUCACCCUUUCAUAAACUACAAUUCCUCCAAUUUCGGGGUGGGAAUUGAGCGUCAGCUGUUCAUCAAGGAGCCAUCGGGGCGGCUGCCAGCCAUGGUGGAGUGGUGGAACGGCAUCGGGGCCAUCCUGGACUUCACCAACCCAGCAGCCCGGGACUGGUUCCAGAGCCACCUGCGUCAGCUCCGACACAAGUACGGCAUCUCGUCCUUCAAGUUCGACGCGGGCGAGACCAGCUACCUGCCCAAGCAGUUCAGCACCUUCCGCCCUCUCUCAGACCCCAGCAUCUGGUCACGGCGAUACACGGAGAUGGCCAUCCCCUUCUACGAGCUGGCCGAGGUGCGGGUGGGCUACCAGUCGCAGAACAUCUCUUGCUUCUUCCGCAUCAUUGAUCGUGACUCCGUCUGGGGCUAUGAGCUCGGCCUCAAGUCCCUCAUCCCCACGGUGCUCACCAUCAGCAUGCUGGGCCUGGAGAUGGGCAAGCAGGAGCGCGACGUCUACCUGCCGGCGGGCAAGUGGCGCAGCUACAAGGGGGAGCUGUUUGAGAAGACCCCAGUGCUGCUCACCGACUAUCCCGUUGACCUGGACGAAGUCGCCUAUUUCCUCUGGGUUUCCUAA